GUCGGGGAGGCGCGGCUGGGCGCGGGCUGUGGCGCCGGUCCCUCCUGGCUGCCGAGUCCGCCGCGCGUCGGUGCUGGGCCUGGGCCGGCCGAGGACCGCAGACCCGAGCCGGGAUGCCAGAAGGGCCGUCUGUGAGGAAAUUCCACCAUUUGGUGUCCUCCUUUGUGGGCCAGCAGGUAGUCAAGACAGGGGGCAGCAGUAAGAAGCUUCACCCUGAUGGCUUCCAGGCACUGUGGCUGCAGGACGCCCAGGUCCAUGGAAAGAAAUUAUUUCUAAGAUUUGAUCCAGAUGAAGAAAUGGGGCGCCCUGGUAACAACCACCCAGUGCUAGAGAGUCCAUGCAGAGGAGCACAGGGGGAAGGGGCCGCCGACCAGAAGCAGGCCUCGUGGCCCCAUGGACCCAAGAUCUCUGAUGGAGCCUUUCAUUCUGCAGAGCUCGUUGUUCUCCAAGGAGGUGAUGGCCCUGUGUGUUUGAGGGGAGACACCCCUGCAGGAGGAGCGGAGAGGUGGCUGCAGGUCAGAUUUGGUUUGUUUGGCAGUGUUUGGGUGAACGAGUUCUCUAGAGCCAAGAAAGCCAACAAGAGAGGCGAUUGGAAGGAUCCUGUUCCAAGGUUGAUCCUGCAUUUUGGUGGUGGUGGCUUCCUGGUAUUUUAUAAUUGUCAGAUGUCUUGGAGCUCUUCCCCAGUAGUCACACCCACCUGUGACAUCUUGUCUGAGAAGUUCCAUCGAGGACAAGCCUUGGAAGCCUUGGGCCAGGCUCAGCCUGUCUGCUAUACACUGUUGGAUCAGAGACACUUCUCAGGGUUAGGGAACAUCAUUAAGAACGAAGCCUUAUAUAAAGCAGGGAUCCACCCGCUGGCUCUCGGUUCUCUCCUGAGUCCCUCACGUCUGGAGGCCCUCGUGGACCACGUGGUGGAGUUCAGUACAGACUGGCUUCAGGGCAAGCUCCAGGGCAAACAAAAGCACACACAGAUCUACCAGAAAGAACAUUGCCCCGCCGGGCACCAGGUCAUGAAGAAGGCGCUUGGGCCACCCAGUGGGUUCCAGAGGCUCACCUGGUGGUGCCCACACUGUCAGCCCCAGUUGUCCUCCGAGGGGCCAGAGCAGUCCCAGCUCUCCGAAGGCGUUAAGGACUCUCUGCAUGGAACCUUGCCCUUUGGUGACCGUGACGCCUGAGUGUUUGGAAAGGAGAGAGUGGCCAGGGAGUGGGGCUGUGUGCAGAGGACAGGGUGGGUCGGGGGUGUCAGCACUGUUGAUAUUCAUCUUACUGGAGUGGUGUCUAAGGCAGAGUUUUCAGAAGGUUAGAU